GUCUCCAUUCAAAGCUCCAAGAUAAGUAGACUACCCCUCCCUGGUAUUGCAGGCUUCCUUGCCGAUUGCAACCCGAGCAGGGAUUAUGUGCUCAAAACUGCCGCCGAACGAAACUCGCAGCCGUUGCCUCAGAUUCGCCACAACUUCGGCUUGAAACUUCCCAAUGAUAGGUCAGAACCUUUCUUAUCAGUGAGAUACCCGUUUUUUACUUCUACUGCUUAUGCGGACGAAAGCCUCCAGCAACUUCGUCCCGAACAUGUCACUAAUAUACUGAAGAGGCCAGCCGAAGAUGAUUUCGAUGUGUGA